AUGUUCUUCUCUGGCGUUUUCGGCCUUGUUCGCCCUACUGAUUCCCCCGAGACUAUGGAAAUGUCAAAUUCCCAGAUAUCUCAUGAUUCCAAUUCUGAUGACGCGGUUAAGAUAGUCUCUGACGAAGUCGACGAAAUACUUUCUCACCGAAACGAGUCUUUACGACUGGGUUCCAUUCAAGAGCUUAUUCCAGACACUCAAGCUUUUAGCUCAGAAAUAAGCACAUCUUUCUCCAAGACAGAAACAAUUGAGGCCAAGCUACAGACAAUUCUUGCCAGCAAAACUCCUUGGGGUCGUGUUAAAGAAAUCUACUAUCUUGAGUGA